AUGGAACAAAAUAGUCGUUGGGCCAUGCGGAACGACUUUCCCCUCAGUGAGGGUUUACCAAAAAACAGCCACAUUUAUGGCCCCUCUAAAUCCGACUUCCACGUGCCUACGAUCGAUUUGUCACACUUUGAAAAUUAUCAGACGGCUAUUCGCACAGAACGACUAGGCAGAUGUAAAACAGUGGACCACGGCCUACCUUUCAUUGUUUUUGCUGGUAUACACAGUUCCACCUUUUUUGCGGUCUCCAGCGCACGGUUUCGGAUGUCCGUUGAUCUGUACAUUGACCGUUUUAUACCGGAAUUGGCCAAAGCACUGAGUACGGAAACAAAAGAUCCUAGAAUUACGGUAGACCUACUGGUGCAAGCAAUUAUUUUGCCUUUCUUUCAGAAAAGACGAUCAACAUCUUGUCUUCCGCGUGGGAAACUAAUGGUUGAUUUUACCUCGGCACAUCGAGGAUUUUUUACGCAACCGACUGCUAUGUAUGGGGAGAGAAAUAGCCAUCCGGAAAAGCGUACAUCAGAAGAAUUUACUGGACACACUCAUGUCGAAACUCUUUCCCCGACACCGUUGAGACUUCUUAACAGAAUGUCCAAGAGGUAA